GUCAUGUGGAAUGCGAACUACAUUCAGAUUCAUUGUCAGGAGUAAUUGACCUGAAAACAAGCUGAGGGACACUCGAGCUGACGAAAAUGCUCCGUUUUCUCUGCUGUUGCUGCUUUUCAGAUGAUUACUCCAACGACGAGAGGCAGCCUCUCCUACAGCCCAGACCACCUGACCUGGAUGGACCUGCAUCAGCCAGGCAGACCAGGCCAGCACACAGUGAUACAAUGACUGUCAAGCGGAUUGGCAGGCUAGUGAUGAAGCGGAUGGGUGUGUCAGAGUUGGACCAAAGGUUUUCAGACAUGGCUGAGACCUUCAAUGAACAGCAGGAGCGCUAUGAAGGCAUGGUGCGACACAUUAGAAAUCUGCGACAGACCUAUGGCUGCAACCAUGAUGAUAGCCUGGCUUUAGCCGAGUGUGUGGAGAAGAUCAGAGACGAGCAUGAGGCCAAGCACAGGGUCUCCCUAAAGAUUACGGGCUAUGACUUCUCCCUCAACGUGAUUCCUGUGGGAUCAGAGGAGGAAAGUGAAGAGGACCCUGUGCCUCCACAUCUGCAUUUAGCUCAGGAUGAACUCAAGGGCACAUCUGAGGGCGCCAAGGCCACCAUCUCAAAGGGUACCGCGCUUCAGGAGAUGAUAGGUUGGCUGCUCCGUAGCAAGGAUCAGAUGGUGGAGCAAGUGAAGGGACAAGCAGCAACUUAUCAGGAAGAAGGAAGACUGCUGGAGAACUUGGAGGAGAACAUUAAGGAAGCGAGGAGGGCAAAGGAGUUGUCACUGGAAUACAAACAACGGGCUGGGGAAGUCCUCACCGAGGCUGCGCAGAUCGCAGGAGCUAAUUUGUAAUACAUGCACAUUUUAAAUACUUUGUUGCAAUUACAACACACAUGCAACAAAUAUUGGUAGAAUUAAUCAUUAAUUUCCUAUAAUUAGCAAUAACUUUAAGUGUUAAAAAACAUAAAAAACACAAAAAUUCAUUGCACCAAGUAAACACUCUGCUUUGCAGGCAGUUUUUGCCUGUUAUAGCAUGCUUACCACAAGAUCAUGAAGACUUGAAUCAUAUCUGCCUUUUAAAUGUUCUAUUAAUAAUUUAACAAAUGUAGCAGACACUCUUAACACUUAUAUUUAUGAAAGACCUUCUGGAUGGGUGUAAGUUUUUCAAAUAACACUAGGGGGCAUUGCAGACUCACUUAAAUAAUACAAAAGUUGCUCUUCAGUUCAUAUUGAGAUGUAGUCUAUUCUAUUGAGUUGCAUGAGUAAAUAGAUACUCUAUACUUUCUUAAUCCCAAAACAUUUAUAAUAUAUAUAUAUAUAUAUUACUUUUUUUAAACUAGUAUUCUGGUUGUUAACUCUGCAGGGCAAUUAAUUUUUUUAAUGCAAUAGAUGAUUGACUGAAAGCUUUAAGGGAAUGCAUAUUGGUAUUGUAAGUUUCGUGACCAGAUGUAGGGACCAGAUUUGCGCACAAUCAAUUCAUACAUUUAUUAACUGAUUAAAAACUGCAGCUUUCCAUGUGUGAUUAAUGUGAAAGCAAACAAGCACAUGGCCAUAUGCCAUCUUGAUAAUUAAUUUUGGAAAAUCCAUUGUUUGAAAGGUGAUUGUCAAGUGGUCAUGCAUUAUUUAUCAGAGGGGGAGACAUUUUCCGCAGCUGCUUUUGCCUUAAGCUUUACAGUUUAAUUUCUCCCCAAGUGUGCAGGGUGUUGAGGGUAAAACCUGCAAAGUUUUAUCUUAAAUGAAAUGUUUGAGAAAUAAAAAUGCCUAAAACAUU